UCAGGCUUCCUCAGCCUUCAAGUUCAGCUGGCCGGCUGCACAGUGCACAUCACUGCAGCAGAAGAGGAGCGAGCUGACACCAGCCAAUGCCAAUGGCGGCGGCCGCACAGUUUUGCAGCUAGCAUAAUCUCCGCAUAAUCGCAGCCUUAUGCAUGAUUAUCCAAAAGUGUAACCUCAAGGGCCCGAAGAGAGGCUGCAUGGUGGUGUUUCACUAGGCGCUGUCGCUGGAGCUGUCCCCCAUGCAGUCCCUUCUGACCAAGGCCGCCUGGCGCCAGCAAUGGCGGGGCACCCUGACAGCGUUCCUCGCCCAGGCGUCUUCCGGUGUAACAGGGGGAACCUGCCAACACCCUGAUUGUAGAGCAGAGAGUUUUUCGUCAUCGGCGCAAGGGGAAUUGCAGCGGGCGGAGACCCCCACGAUCAAGUCCCAGCUGCGAAUGCUUUACAAGCGGGUGCAUCCAGACUUGUUCCAUGGUCAUCCAGCCGAAAGGGCCACCAACGAGCGCUCUUUCAAGCUGCUCCAAGAGUACCUUUCUGUCGCCCACGAAGGCUCCCAUUCACCCUCGCGCCACUUCCGCUUUGAGUUCUUCCUCCACCCCAGCGAAGAAACUCCGCCUCCGGCUCCCACCUCAGAGCGAACCCCCAAUCUGGAGAAAGUCGAGGUCGCUCUUCCUCCCCCUCGCCACGCUUUUGGCACAAACGGCGAGCUAACCCAGUCCACGAGACGGGCGCUUGGGAAGCUCUUCGCCGCAUGCGGCCUGGCGGCUGACAUCAGCAGCCCCGACGACGACAUCAGCAUCCAGUCGCUUGGGGACCUGCUGCGGCAUGCAGGAGAGACGGCGCGGCAGCGGGAGGCGGACGUGAUGACGUCGUCAAGGAGGAUGGUGAUUGCGCGGAAUGCGCUACGCAUGGGGAGGGGCGUGAAGGCGGUGCUUCAGGGGCCGCUGUUGAGCGCACCGGCGCACGUGCAGGCGGAAGCUCUGGAGAAGCUAGCGAAAGCUUUGGAUCUGGCACCGGAUGCAGAGGUCGGGGGGAUCACUUUCGUCCUCGGGGGGAAGCACGGGCUUGACGCGGCGACCGGAAACGUGUGGUUGAGAUGGGACGCUAAAGCUACCGAGUGGGGGGCAAGGAUCGCAGCGGUUGAUAUGGACAGCGUGGUUCGUGCGAAACAGAGAGCGCUCGAGCGACAGUUCAAAGAGGCGCAGGUGGCGACCGUUGUGGGGGUUGAGAUGGUCUACACCGAUCACGGAGUUGGGUCGAGCAGCGAGUAUGAAGAGUGUUUGGACAGAUUGGAGAGUCACGGGAGGGCUCGGGGCCCUGUAGAAGGGGGCAUAUUUAGUGAGGUGCCUUUGAGAGUAAUACGAGGGGGGGACGAGGGAGUAAACGGUUUUGAGAUUGACGAAAGGAUGGGGUUUGUAUCGGUGCCAGUGGGGGCGUCGGCUGAAGAGGUCUGGAGGUUUCUCGAGAAGCGUGGGCAAGAAGCGCUUGGCAUUGUGCACCGCUUCCGAUCAGCGGAGCAGAGGCUUGCUGACGUCAGUGCACACGUAAGAAAGAAACUUCGACUUCGGCACCUUUCUUUCGACUCUAGCAUCAGUGCGGAUCAGUACCUUCAGUGUUGCACGAAGUUGCUGAGACAUGCAAGCACGCUGAUACAAUUAACAGACGGGCUGUCACUGUGUAUUGGGAGCGUAGAUAGGUUGCCGCAGGAAGGCGAAGAUCCGCCUCUCGUGCACAUGCGUUGGAACUUCUCAAUAAACUCGCUGUAGUCGUUGAUUAUUGUAAAACGUUUCUGGUAUUACAUAUCAGAUUGAGGAUGUGGUGGCAUAUUGUUCAUGC